AUGCCUUGGUUCCUGCCAUGGUCUGAAAGCCUGAAGAAGACUGCAUGUAGAUACUUGCUCCAGAGGUAUUUGGGACAAUUUUUGGAAGAAAAACUGACCUUGGAUCAGCUGACAGUAGAUCUUUACAAUGGAACAGGAACAGUGUCUGAUGUCAGUCUGGAUGUUCAGGCACUCAAUGAGUUGGGAGAACAACAGAAUUUUCCUGUGGAGUUUGUUGAUGGGUACAUUUCUGAAAUUUCUGUCUCAAUACCUUGGAAGUCAUUGCUCAACGAAUCUAGUUAUGUUGAAGUUAAAGGCCUUGCUUUUACUGUUCAACCAAAACAACGUGCAGACAAUGGCACUUCCAUGUUUGAGUCAAUGUGGAGUUCAAUGACUAGCAGCAUGCAACUUGCUGAGGAGUGUCUCAAACAAGGAAAUUCAGAUGAGAAGGAGGCAGAGCCUUUGGAGGGUCUUGAGUUGUUUGCACAAACAAUUGAUUCAAUUUUAUGUAAAGUAAAAGUGAAGUUUAUUGACACCGUGAUUCGCUUAGAACAUGUUCCCAAAGACAGCAGUUCAGGAGUAGCUUUGGAAGUACGCAUUAAGAGUAUUGACUACCUUGAUGAGGCUGGAGCUGAUCCUCCAAAGGACUCUGAGGCAGUUCCUGGUGAGACAGGAAAAGCCUAUCAUAUAGCUGCUUUCACAACAAAAAAGUUCUGUCUUGAGGGUGUUACAAUAUACACUGAUGAAUUUCCAUCUCAGGCUAGAACAUUUUCUAGGUCAGUUAUGUCCAUGUCUACUGGCUCCACACCGGAUUCUAAGCAUUCUGAUACAGCAUUUGCCACAGCACCUGCAUCUCCUAGUCAAAGCUUUGCUGGUGGGUUAUCAAGCAGCACAGCACCAAACCUUUCUCUUGAGCCUGAUCCGAUUCUCUUUGGGAAACUGUCAGGACGACAUGAACUUCGGAUUAAAUUGAAGCAAGGAGAAGGUGUUGUUGGUCCAAAAGUUGAUUUGGAGCUCAAUCUUGGAUCUCUUACAAUUUUUUCAUCUCCAAGACAACUUCAUGUACUGUUGGAACUGAUGCAUGGACUUUCCCAACCUGACACUGUUGAUACAAGCAAUGUAGCUCCAAGAACUAGAUGUUCUGAGAAACCUAUGGAUCCUACAGAUUUCCAGAGAGUAGAACAAGAUCUUCAACAGCAUGUUCAUGGACUUGCAUCCCUUCAGAGUAAAGGACUACAUAAUGCUCAAGCGUGGUCAUCUGCCCCUCUAGAUGAGAGUGAUGAUGAGUUUUUGCCUAUGAAAAAUCGCCAUUCUAAUCUCAGUGAAAGCAUUAUGUCCUCUGCUACGAGUAUGGAUGCUUCAAUAUCUUCAUCUAUGAGUGGUGCCACGUCAAGCUGUAGUGGGAAAGAAAUGUUGGGGAGGCUGACAGGCUCUCCCCAUCGCCAGUCAGUUUCUUCAAAUCGUCACAAGAAAAAGCAUAAAGUUGGGAGCUCUUUAGGAGGUAGUGAUGCAGACCCAUCAGCGGAAGUCAGUCACUUUCAAAUUAGAAUUGGUAGUCUAAGUGUAAUCCUUCUGCAUGAGGAUGUUCUUACCCUCUCUGUAGACCUUGAUGGUACAUCACUUGCUAGGUCAUCUGUCUAUCAAAUGAAAACUUUGGCCAACACUUUUUUCGACCAAUUGGGUCUGUUUUCUGUGUCUGCUAUGGGUGGGUCUCAAGCAUUUUUUGAAGCUCGUGAAGUUUUUCUUCAAGCUGUCCAACGAAAUCAUAUAAGACUUCUUUCAAGUGCAAUUAUUUUAGAAGGUCGAGAAAAGACAACUAUGCACUCCAGCUCUCUCUCUGGUCAGGUAACGUCCGCCAGUAUGGAAAUUUUAGAAUGUUUGAUUGAAAAGAAUUCACCUUCACAGAAUUAUACUGCAGAAUAUGUUGAGCUUCUAAAGUUUGUGCAGAGCCCUAAUUCAGAAGCGAGUGCUUCUAUGCCAUAUAUCCAUCGAAGUCACCCAGAUUUCAGGUUGAAUUUCCUAUACACUGAAAGGCUUACAGGUGCCCCCUCCAGAAAAUUUGCACAGCCUCGAACAGAAAUAGGAAUUCAAUUAGAACCAUGCUGGUCUGAAUUGGAUGUGUCAAUAGUCGAUAGAGUCACAGCCGUUUUAAAUCCUCAACCUAUGUGUAGCAGGGUAACAAGCAAAGGACUAAACAAAGAUCUUUGGGACUGUCCUAGAGCUUCUAGUUUGACUGAUGCUUUAGAUAAUAGAUGUCAGUCUGAUGGUAGAGUUGAGCUCAAAGUUUCCACUGCCUCAAUUAUUGUUAAGCUUAGAUUUCCUACACCGGAUCUGAGACCGAUCCAUGACAUGGACAGACCUCCUUGGUGGAAGAGAUGUGUAAGGGAAGACUUUCUUCUUCUUAACUUUAGUGAAGCAUCAUUCCAAACAGCUUUUGACAGUUCUGAUGUGUGCUCAAGUUACGAAUUACAAUUUAAAGAUGUCCAUGGCCUUUUCCAGGAAGGAGAUUCUGAAAAUCCUGUUACUAUUCUACGAGCUCAUGCUGAUGAAAAAAGCGGCCAAUCUUUGCCCAACGGUGGUGAAGGUUUUGGAUGGCCAAGGGUGGUUGUUCGUUGUUACCCAACCCAAGUACCAGGAGAUCUGGAUGACAGUCCACCUGUCCUUCCAGAGGAAUCCAUCAGUUACUCAUCAAUUGAUCUUUUGAAAAAUGCAGGCUAUAAGGAACCUUCCCCAUUCAGCUCCAAACGAGUUGUGCAUGAAAGUGACACACCUCAUGGAAAAGCAUCUUGUCCUGCUCAAGAGGGCGAGGAGCUUGUAAUACCCGGCAAUCAGAAAGAAAUAAAGGAUUUCAUUCGUUAUGCCACUCAGAGUAGUCAACUACAGUUUGAAAUUCAUAUACCUUGUGCAACUGUUCAGUUUCCCUCUAAGCAUAUGUUUGAACUUGUUUACAAUAGAAUCAGCACAGAUUUACUACUUUGGACGCCAUCAGCACCUAAACCCAAGAGUGUUCCCUCAGCUAUGGCCCAAGACUUGUCAUCAUUUCCCAACUUUUCACCUUAUCCAGGCUUCUCUAUGUGUAAAUCAGGCAUUCAGUAUGAAUCAGAUUCUGAUUCAAUUGAAGAUGGUGAUGAAGGAGGCAUGUACUACUCAGUAUAUGACAGUAGACCAAGGCAAAAAAGUGCCCGUCAUAAUGUUGGAAGUGGAAGAGAGAGUGCACACUUUGGACAGAGUCAGGCUUCUGUUUCAAUUUCUGUUAGCCAGGGUUCUUUCUCAAUAUUUACUCCAGUUCGGGACUCACUUGGAAAUGUAAUACCAGGCCAGCAGGGAGAAUUCCUGUUUCAGUUAGAUGAGGGCAACAUGUUUUUGGUAUCCCAAUACAGAGGAUGUCCCAGAUUGGGAUAUAUUUGUGUUCAAGCAAAUAAUGCAGCGGUAUUUCACAAUGGGAUUGCACCGGUCCCCACAUCAUGCCCAUCAUUGUACCCUGUGGGAGCAUCACCGGGAGCUCAUCUGUUUCCCACCAUGUAUCGCUCUGAAUCUGGUGUUUUGUCAGCUACCACCAACAGUUCUGUAGGAACUGGAAGCAGGAAUAGCUUAGACAUGGUUACUGUUGCAUUACGUAUCCAAAUUGAGGAGGGAAGCCACAACAUAAAGACAUUUAGAGUGGCUGUUGGAGUUCGGGGUACAACUCUGCACCACAAAAUGAGCACAGCAGGACACAGUUGGUUUAAGCAACUUACUGACUUUUUUGACAUUUUGGAUUAUCCUGUGAAUGGAUAUGACAAACCUUUUGUGAUUACUGAACUUCAUCUGCAUUUUUGGGACUGUGCUAUUGACUACAGGCCUUUGUAUUUACCUCUCAAAUCAAUGCUCACUAUUGGAAGUCUAAGUAUUUCAAGUAACAUUGCUGCCCAGACCAAAACAUCAACCUUAAGAUUUAUGGCUGAAGAUGCUUGUCUCUUGCUUGCUGAGAAAUCAACCAAUGGCAGUAUGAGUACAAUAGAUCUCUGUCGUGAUUAUGUUUGUGUUUUAGAUCUUGGUCUUUUUGAAUUGUCAUUAAGGCUGAGUGACAAAACAAAUGGAUCUGGUCCAAGAGUGGAUUUGCGUGCAUCGAAUAACAUUGUGCAUAUCAGAACAUGUCCAGACUCAGCUCGUGCUUUGACAGAUUUACUUGCCUACUUUGCUGGAGAUGGUGACCUAGCUCAACAAACAGACUGCCAAAGCCUUGGCAGUAGCAGUAGGCCCUGGGGAAGUGAGUCUGUGUCGAGUAGCAGAACUAACUCGAGCAGUGCCACCGUUCGAGACGACACUCCGGCCAGCCCUGCUCGGUCUCACAGUAGAGGGGAAAGGGAAACUCUAAUUCAGUUGGAAGGAGCGGAUCCCUCCGGACAACCUGCUCUCUCUGCCAAACAGGUGCAUCAUGUGCAUUCCUUGAUGGAGGAAGCUAUGUUAGACACCAAUGGACAUGCAGUACCUGCGGCUGCAGCUUCACCUCACUCUCAAAAGACUAAUGAUGCUGUUGAAGUCUUUUACUUUCCUGAUGAGUCGCAAAAGGCUAAAGCAACUGAAUUUGCUGAUCGGGCUGGGGAAGAGGGUAGAAACUCAGUAACAUUAGAUCACCCUGAAAUGAAUCAGGCUAUGCUGGAGGAGGAAGAAGAAAUUGAAGAUGAAUGGGAUGAAGACUUUUGCAUUCUAGAAGAAGAAACUGGCAGUGGCAUUCCACCCAAAAGUGGACUUCCGGAAAUCCGAGCUUUGAUUCCAGAACCUAUUCAUAUAUUGGAAAAUCACUUUGCUGUACCUCAUGGGAAAGCAGAUCUUCUCAAACCACCUAAACAUUAUCCUGUGCCUGUCAUGCGAUACACGCUCAGGGAGAUGAGUGUUGUUUGGCAUAUGUAUGGUGGCCAUGAUUUUGGUGUUCCGAAGGGAACACCAUGUGUCCAAACAGCUAAAAAACGAGUCCACAUCAAUGAAGGAAUAGAGAGUGGAGGCAUACCUUUGCGAUCUGCAACUCGUCUUCAAUCCAAUCCAGCAACAGAAUUCGGACCUGGCAUUGUCUCUUUCUCCAAAAGUAACCCACAAGAGGUACGUUUUAGUGGGAGUAAUGUGAGUUCAAGCCCACCAUGCAAAAUAAAUGUGGCCCCUAUGACAUGGCAAGUUAAAGGAGGUGCUGGUCGAAACCAUGACACUCUUAUGGAGUUACAACUAAAUAAGGUCCGCUUUCAGCAUGAGGUUUAUCCAGAAAAUACAACUGAAGCUUCUCGACAAGUUCUUCUCAUUCAAGAGAUAGAAGUGAGAGAUCGCUUAGCAUCUAGUGAAAUCAACAAAUUUCUCUAUCAGUACUCGAGUGAAGCCAGACCUAAGCAAUCACAUGCCAAUAUGUUGAUGCUAAAAGCAGUUCACAUUCGCCCAGAUCCAAAACUUACCGCUCAGGAGUGCUGUCUUAGAGUUUCAUUACUGCCAAUUCGCCUCAACAUUGACCAAGAUUCACUCCUGUUUCUGUACAACUUUUUCAGUGAAAUUUCUGGCAGUCCUGAUGAUGAUGAGGAGGGCACCCAAUGCAGUACUCCUCGGUUGGCUACACCAACCCAUCAACAUUCCCAUCAGCCACCAGUAAUGACUGUUAAUAUCAAUGACGGUCAGAGCAUUAUUUUGCCAACUGAUCAGUCUACACUCUUGAUUCAGUUAGAGGAAACAGAUACUCUUGCUGGUCUUCGAGAGGGUUUUUCUCACCAGACAUCAAACCUGGAGACUGGAAAUUCUGUAGAUUCUGAUAACCAGUCCCCUGCUCCUCCAAUUUACUUCAGGAGUUUUAUUUUCACACCGGAAGUUCCUAUCCGAUUGGAUUACCAUGGCAAGCAUGUUGAUAUGACACAUGGACCAUUGGCAGGACUUUUGAUGGGCCUUGGGCAACUCAAUUGCUCUGAACUUAAAUUAAGACGACUACACCAUCGCCAUGGACUGUUGGGCUUUGACAAACUCAUGACUUAUGCUCUGCUAGAAUGGCUUCAAGACAUUAAGAAAAACCAGCUUCCAAGUCUCCUUGGAGGGGUUGGCCCUAUGCAUUCACUUGUCCAACUAUUUCAAGGAAUACGGGAUCUGUUUUGGUUACCAAUUGAACAAUACCAGAAAGAUGGUCGCAUUGUACGAGGUCUUCAGAGAGGAGCAAAUUCGUUUACUACCUCUACAGCUAUGGCUACUCUAGAACUAACAAGCCGUUUGGUUCAAGCCAUACAGUGUACUGCCGAAACAGCAUAUGAUAUGCUUUCUCCUGGUCCAAGUGUGCGCCACAGAGCUAUUGCAGGGAAAGGCAAAGGUCACAGACGAAAGCGCAACAAUCAACCUCUUGAUAUCCGUGAAGGGAUGCACAAUGCAUACAAUGUUGUUAAGGAGGGAAUAAGUGAAACUGCUGAAAAUGUGGUAAGGGUGGCAAGUGAAGAACAUGAACAAAAAGGCAUGACUGGGGCCGUGGGAGGAGUUUUGCGCCAAAUUCCAGGAUUGGCUGUCAAACCUGUCAUAUUCCUUAGUGAUGCAACUCAUAAUGUGCUUGGUGGAAUGAGAAGUCAACUGAAACCUGAUGCACGCCGAGAAGCUGUUGAAAAAUGGAGAUCUCAAGAUUGAUGAACAUACAUCCACAACUUCUCAAAA